UCCUUUGUGUGGCACUCCUUUUGCCUUUUCAGUAUCAGAAACGAGAAAGUUAACCGAAGUUUGAAGGAAUGCAAAAUUAAGAGAGAAAUAGAUCAAAAGCUUCCAUUCAUGGGGGAGUUUGACCAAGGUUUCUCCUGUAGUUAUAUGCUCUUGAAACCAGAAGAAGUGAAGUUUGCGGAUCUUGUUCGUAUAUUAAUUUACAGUGACAUUGCUAAGAGAGGCGGCGUUGACAGCAGCGAGGCGAGGGAGGAGAGUUUUCGCUAUAGAUGGAUCAUAUUCAUCUCCAUCGUCGUACAGAAGUUUCUGCUUUUCGUCGCAAAGCCAUUGGCGUUCACUGGGUCGGGGAUCGAGUUCUUGGUCAAUCUUCUGUCUUGUAACAGAAAUCCCGGUGUGCUCUUGCUUAAUAUGAUAAGAGGGAGGAUGGUAAAGCCAGACAAAGAAUCAGCAACUUUCAUAUCAUUCAUUGGAAAUUUAGAUAAGCGAGUGAAGCUGGACAGUGGCAUCAAACAUGGAGAUGCCAGAUAUUUUGCCACUUUAUCUAUGAUGGCGUCUAAAGCAGUAUAUGAGAACAGAGCUUACAUUGAAACUACAGUGAAAGAUCACUGGAAGAUGGACUACCUGGGAUUCUAUGACUACUGGAAUGAUUAUCAAGGUAAAGCCACAACACAAGCGUUUGUCCUCUAUGAUAAAAGCGUUGAACAUGACACAAUAAUAGUGUCUUUUAGGGGAACUGAGCCCUUUGAUGCAGAUGCUUGGUGCUCAGAUUUUGACCUCUCUUGGUAUGAGAUCAAUGGCGUAGGAAAGAUUCAUGGUGGUUUUAUGAAGGCUCUCGGCUUGCAGAAGCCAGGAGUUUGGCCUAAAGAGAUCAACGACCCGGAAGAUAAACCCCCAGAGCCCUUAGCUUACUAUGCAAUCAGGGAUAUGUUGGUAGACCAGCUGAGAAAAAAUGAUCGAGCUAAGUAUAUACUCACAGGCCACAGCUUAGGUGGGGCAUUGGCUAUUCUCUUUCCUGCAAUUUUGAUUCAGCAUCAGGAGAAACUGCUGUUGGAGAGACUAGAAGGGAUUUACACAUAUGGGCAACCAAGGGUUGGAGAUGAGAAGUUUGGGGAGUUCAUGGAAAUGAAGCUGAAAGAGCAUAAAGUUAAAUAUUUUAGAUUUGUUUACAGUAAUGACAUUGUUCCAAGGCUGCCUUACGAUGACUCUGAUCUUAUGUUCAAGCACUUCGGGACCUGCAUUUAUUAUAACCACCGCUAUGAAGCAAAGGUUGUUCCUGAGCAACCAAACAAGAACUACUUCUCACCGCUGAAGGUGAUUCCAAUGAUCAUGACUGCAUUUUUGGAGCUGAUAAGAAGUUUCACCAUAAUUCACAAAAUGGGACCGGAGUAUAGGGAAGGGUGGUUCCUCAAGAUGUUCAGAGUAAUUGGUUUGGUUAUGCCGGGCAUAUCAGCGCAUUCUACCCAGGAUUACGUAAAUGCUACCCGUUUGGGAUCCUCAGAUGUAUUUCUGUCACCAUCCUUCGAUGAAGACGUUUGAUUGUCUUCUUAUAUUUGUGCUGGUUGUCUAUAAUGGUUACCAAUAAAUGGUGGCUGUAUAUAUUUGGUAUUUGCUAGAAAGUGACGGCAUAUUAUUUCCAAGAUGAAGAACACACUAUUAUUGACGCUUA